CCAUCUUAAACUUGUUCAUAAAUCCACCAUCAAAUGGGGUUUGACAGAGUUUGUGACACAGGACUUGUACUGGGAUUAAGCCUUAAUUCAUCACCAUCCAUGUUCAAACCCAACACCAUGGGUUCGGGUUCGGGUUCGGGUUCCACUAAAGAGUCUUGUGUGACGGAGAACAUGCCCAGUUUUGAGCCAUCGUUGACGUUGGGUCUUUCUGGCGACCAUCGUGAUCCUAACACUAGCUGGAAGAGACUUGUGGUUGGUGGUGGUCAUGGUGGUGUGUAUCGACAGGAUAGUACUGUGAUUAGUGGUGGAGGUUCGUCGUUUUCAAGCUUGAGUGUGAAGAGGGAGAGAGAGGUUGGGAGCGAAGAAUCGGAGAGAGUUUCGAAUGAUAACAAUUAUUCAUCAAGAGUGAUGAGCACAACAAGUGUUGAUGAUGUUGAAGAUGAUGAUGGCACUGUUAACGGUAGAAAGAAACUCAGGCUUACCAAACCCCAGUCUGCUCUUCUUGAAGAAGCCUUCGAACUUCACAGCUCUCUAAACCCUCAGAAACAAAAGCAAGAGCUAGCACGGGAGCUAAAACUGAGGCCCAGACAAGUCGAAGUUUGGUUCCAAAACAGGAGAGCCAGGACGAAGCUAAAGCAGACGGAACUGGACUACGAACACUUGAAGAAAUGUUGCGAGACGUUAAGGGAUGAAAACCGGAGACUCCAUAAAGAGCUUCAAGAACUCAAAGCACUGAAAUCGUCACAACCCUUUUACAUGCAGCUUCCGGCAGCCACCCUCACGAUGUGUCCGUCGUGUGAAAGGGUCGGAGACACCAAUUCCGCCACCACCACCUCCAAGAACCCUUUUACGAUGGCUGCGAAACCACACUUCUUUAAUUCCUUCACUAAUCCAUCUGCUGCCUGUUAAUUAAUUACAUAAUUAGUUAAUUUUCUUGCAUGGUUAUUCGUUAAUCACAUAUAUAUAUAUAGUUUGAAUAUGAAAAAUAUUAAAAUCGCCCAUGAAUAACCCUACCUUUUUUCUGGUGUCAAGGGUUUGGCUUGAUUUGAUUAGUAUAAAUUAUUUUAGUUGAAAACUAUUAGAAUUCUGUACUUGUUUUUUUUUUCUUUGCUUGGUUUGUUUGUGAAUUAAAAACUAUGAUAUAUGUCAAUGAAAUGAAUGUAUAUAUUAUUCGG